AAAAAAUGUCGCUCUCAGGAACAUCAGUCCGGAAGUUAGGAAGUCAACUUCGCCAAUGCAAGCAAAGUCGCAGUAGAUAAACAGUAGAAGUAGAGUAGGGUUUUUCACGGGAUUUCGGACGGUAGUAGCAAAGGACAUUUGCCGACUGGCUCUCAGCGAUGGACAAGCUUCGUCGUGUGCUCAGCGGUCAGGAGGAAAAUGAAGAGCUGGGUCUCACUGCACAGAUCCUUGAUGCCUCCACUCUCAGCUACAGUACCAGGGUCAAAUGGUUUGUGAUAUGUUUUGCUGGAGGCAUCCUGUGUUCAAUUAUGGGUACAGCACUACUGUUUCUUCCCAAUGGACUCAAGCUCUUUGCUGUCUUCUACACGCUAGGGAACAUCGCAGCACUCGCCAGCACCUGUUUCCUAAUGGGACCAUUAAAACAGUUGAAACGCAUGUUCGAGCCAACAAGACUGAUAGCGACCAUUGUUAUGCUGCUCUGCCUUGUCUUGACACUUUGUGCAGUGUUUUGGUGGCAUAAAAAGGGACUGGCCAUCAUCUUCUGUAUCCUGCAGUUCUUGGCAAUGACAUGGUAUAGCAUCUCUUACAUUCCCUUUGCCAGGGAUGCUGUGAUGAAGUGCUUCACUACCUGUGUGAGUUAGGAUCCCUGUGCACAAUUUCAUGUGACGACCGGUCCUAAUAUGCAAACUGCAAGCACAGUUGCUCUGUAAAAUACUUAAAUAUAUUGUUUAUAUGCUAAAUCAUAAAAUUUAUACACUAUAUCUCUAAAUUCUUAGCAGUGAUGUUGUUUCAUACUGUGAAUCCUCACUUUUGUCAUUAACCCUAGAUAAAACUCUGCAGGUAAAAUCAUGUUGCAGCAAAAUCCUCAGUUUAUUGCUUUUGGUGUGAGAGAGAUGAGUGCUUUUUCUGCUUUGUAUAUUUAAAAAUAUUUCCAAAUUUUCUUGAGCGUUUUAUACCACAUAAGUGCAGGGAAAUUACUUUGAACUUUACUAUGCAGUGCCUGUAAAACAAUACAAGUGCUUUACUGUAUUUUUUUUUAAACUGUGUUAAAGGUUACAUGAAAAGAUUUAUCAGCAUUUUGACCAACCAUAUCUUUACAUCUUUAACAGUGUGAGAUUGUAUUGUAUUGCAUUUUUUUUACCUUCUCUGGUUUCUAAGCUGUGUUCUCCUAGCUUCUUACAUACAAGCACAUUUGGAUGAACUGGUAUUAUUAAAACACAUUGUCUCUGUCUUCCAUUUGUUCAAUGCAGUCGUGUGUAAAGAGCUUCUCAGAU